CCCCCUUCCCGUUCCCGGUGGGCCGGUCCGGCUAGAACUUAGUGCAGUACGGGCUGCUGGAUUUUUGAGUUUCGUAUGCCAGUGGUCCUUGGCUGGCCAACAAACGAGGUCUUUGUGCCGAAGCUGCAUUUGCAAGUCCACGGGGGCGGGGGCGGGACCGCCGUUGGGUGCUCGCCGCGUGGGGGUCCAAGGCUGCGUGCGUUGACCACCUGCUUGGGUCUGGCAGUUCGCAGCCGAUAGACCCGAAAACAAUUUCAAUCUAACAGCACAGCACCGCAGUUGCUUGACUGGGCGAUCUGAGACAAAGCAUAGGCGUUUGGUGAGGCCAGAUCGACCCAGGAUGGGGCUUCGCAUCGCAUCAGAGCAGGAGGAAGGGGAGCCGAAGCUGCGCGCCGGGUUGUGGGACCACUCGAUUAUUGUUAGCGCUGCGGCUUCCUCCAAACAGGCCCAAAUCCGUGACAAGCCCGGCCACGACUCGCACGGAAACGUGGAACACCUCACCUCAUAGACAGCCCAAGACGCAUCGCUCAUUCUAGACAAUAGACAUAGACUUGUUCAACUCGAAAUGGCUGCCUCUCAAGCGCCCAAGUACCUCACCGGCGACGGCAACGCCAUCAACGAGUUCCUCGACAAAUUUGAUACUUUCCUACUAGACUGUGAUGGAGUUCUCUGGUCGGGCGAUCACCUGUUCCCUGGCAUCGUCGAGACAAUACAGCUGCUGAGGUCAAAAGGCAAGCGGACCGUCUUCGUCACAAACAACUCGACCAAGGCGCGUGCCGACUACCUCAAGAAGUUUGAGGCCAAGGGCAUCCCGGCGUCCGAGGACGACGUCUUUGGCUCCGCGUACUCGGCCGCCAUCUACAUCAGCCGGAUCAUGGCGCUGCCGCCCCCGCGGAACAAGGUGUUCGUACUGGGCGAGUCGGGCAUCGAGACGGAACUGCGGUCCGAGGGCGUCGCCAUCGUCGGCGGAACGGACCCGGCCUUCCGGCGCGACAUCACCGAGGCCGACUUCGCGGGGCUCGCGGACGGGUCGCUACUGGACCCGGACGUGGGUGUCGUGCUGGCCGGGCUGGACUUCCACGUCAACUACCUCAAGCUGGCGACGGCGUACCAGUACAUCGCGCGGGGCGCCCGGUAUCUGGCCACCAACACCGACAGCACCCUGCCCAUGAACCACAGCUUCUUCCCCGGCGCCGGCUCCGUGCUCGUGCCCCUGACCAACAUGACCAAGCAGCAGCCGCUGGCCCUGGGCAAGCCGAGCCAGGCCAUGAUGGACGCGGUGGAGGGCAAGUUCCAUCUUGACCGGGCCCGGACGUGCAUGAUCGGUGACCGGCUGGACACGGACAUCAAGUUUGGCAUCGAGGGCAAGCUGGGCGGCACGCUGGCGGUUCUGACGGGAGUCAGCAAGAAGGCGGACUGGGAAGCAGAAGGCGCCGUGGCCGUGCCAGCAUACUACGUGGACAAGCUGAGUGACCUGGCCGAGAAAGGCAUCUAGGGAUGGGGAGGCGGGUUGCCGAGGCGCCGGGACGCCGGGAUGCCGCAACGGGCAGUUUGUUUGGGGCCCAGGGCGGUGGCGACACGGCGCGCCUAGUUCCCGUGGACGCCACCUGCAACCGCCCUGUCAAUCACCAAACCUGGCGGGUCAUGCUUGAGCUGUUCGCAGCGCAGAAGACGGGGUGACCCUUGAUUGUCAGGCGCGCCUGGCGGGUUGGGAAUCCGGAAAUCAGGAAGUGUCCUGAGCUUGCACGGAGCCUGGGAGCGAGAGACAUGUGUGAGCCACCGCGGCAUCACACAAUUUUGAGUUGCAUACCUCUGCACCCCACACCAUCAGGCAUCAAGGCAUGGAGCGGAUCCGUAGGCCUACAUGAUGGUGCGUCCACACCCCGAGAAAACGGAAAUCAGAGUUGCCGUGGCGAUCUUUUGUCGAUGUUCCUGUACAUAGUAGCGUAGACAAGAUGGGCCACGAUAACCAGUGGCUCACGGUGGCUGACAGUGGCUCCGUCGCUCUGUUUUCCCCCAUUCUUCUCCCCCCCCCCCUCCAUAUCGAUGAUUAAUUCCCAUCACCGCUGUCCCCUGUUCUUUACUGCAGUGCACUGCAUCUGAUUCAUCCGAACACCAAGUCCCGAGCGCAAAUGACGCCUGUGGUGAUGGGUGCGUGCGAUGCAUACAUGCAAAAAGCAAUGUGUCGCACGAGGUCGGCAUGCGCGCUGGACGGCGGGCAUCCCACAACGACGUCAUAGCUGGACCCUGAUUGAUAAAGUUUUUUCUCUCUUGGCGGGCGACAGAGGGGUUCGCUGGGUGCCGAUGAUGAGGUGUGGAGCGUGCAGGCACCUGCAGGGCAUCCUGGUCUUCCAAGCAGGACAGAGACACAUGGAGGGCGGCAGGAGACACAGAGCGCGCAUCAUUGUCGUAUACGGCCGGUACAGACGACUACAGUUUUGUACAGUCCCCUGCUAUCUGAUGGCACUGUCAACUGACAGCGUCUCCGCCAUGCAAUACCACGCCAUGCCAAUGAUAUGACAUGACAUGUGACCGGCCUGGCUGCACGCCCCGGCCUCGCGAAACAACAGCGAUGCCCGACGGGCCGGAUAUCAACGGCGCUGGGUCAAGAUGGCUCCGUGGAUCGUGAUCUGGCGCAGGCUGGAGCAGUCUGCUACAGCAAGAUGAAGGGACAGCUGGUCACACGGCAAAUGGGCCGUCAAUGAGGAAGCAGAAGCAGCCAUGACGAUACGAGCUGGGAUCGCAGUGGUGAGCCCUGAAGAUCUGGUUGCGUAACCAAGAUGUGACGGUCGCACGCUUAUAUGUACUAGGAUGAAUCCAAAGGACCUUGGAACCAAGGACCCUGAAAAGUUUGUCCCGAAUCCAGGGUCCUCAGAGCUCCCCCGAUUGGAAGGGUAGCUUGCCCAAGGGUCCAGUGCUAAACUGGCGGGGUCGUGACCUGACGUCUCAUCCACGGCAUGCUGGCAGCCAGCUGCGAGCCCGCCUGGUUGGGGCCAGGGAGCCAGGGAGCGUGUGGGCGUGUGACUUGGGAAGUUGAGUUGAGAGGAUGGUGGGGUGGCCGGGCUGGUUAACCGUACGGAGUAUCUGACUACUGUGUGGUGGCCUGGCAGUCUGGCAAGGCAGAUCUGCGACCUUGCCGGCGCGCAUGAGGUCCACGUCGGCGCCGGAUGCGCGGGGGAGUGGUAGCGGCCUGGUCUCUUGCCUCGUCUCUUGACUCGUCUCUUGGCCCCCUCCCCCACACCGGCUGACCGGUCAACAAACAGGCUGCUGUAGAUGUACUGGCGGGCUGUCUCGAUUCCGUCAGGGCCAGGGGUUUGGGGAUGGGACGUCGUUCCCUCGGGCCUGGCAAGCACGGGGAGCCCAGAACGAUCUGGGCCUGGGACUAGCGGCUGAGACCAGGUCGUCGACGCCAAGGGCCUCGUUUGCUGGGGCUGGUGCGGGCGGAAAGUGACAGUGCUGAUCAGGUCCAAUGCCAAAACCAACGACUGUUGAAACAAAAGGACAUGGUGCUACGCUGAUGGGGGGGAGGGAAGGGGGGUGCAUGAUGUGUGCGCGUACAGUUCAAUAUAUGAUGUAGGCAGGCAGGCUACCGCACGAGAAGAAGAAAAGACUUGCAGGUCGAGGCGGGAGUUGUUGUCGGGCCUGAGCCCCUGACAUGGGAGAUCUGGGAUGGGAAAUCGGGAGAUGGGAUAUGCGAGAUGGGCCGGGGAAAAGAAGAUGGGGAAAUCGGAUGACGAGAUGAGAAAGACAUCGAGACAGGCGCAGAAAGAGGCAGCGACACAAGAGGACUGGAGGACUGGGGCCAAGGAUGGGAGCUGCGAGGCAGACGUCGGCUCCAUGCAGGGUGACGAUUGCCCAUGGCCUGCUCGAC